CCCUCUUCGAAAAUAGUCGAGGCUUAAACUCAUGCUGGCGAGACUACAGCCCCCGUGACAUCUGUCUAGGCAGCUUCUGGUGAUUUCAGAUGCCGCUGGCGUUUAACAUAUGGAGUGCUAACUGCAGAUAAAAAUCGGCAUAGAUUUAUUGUCUGGCUUCAUUUGAAAAAGGAAAGUCUGUUAAGAUAUUCGUUGUUUGGGGACUCACAUUGAAAAGCUUCAGCUAACCCUGUAACUUUUGUAAUUCCUUACUUCUGUAUGCUGCUGAAAGUGGGCAGACAGUACACAAUCUACUAAGCCUUAGUUUUGCGUGUUCACACUUAUGAAACAGAUUUUGGAACAACGUUAUGCUUAAGUGAGUGUGAAUUUUCUUCACCUGUAUUUUUGGUUUGUUCGAGAUUGUGGUAUUUGAACUGCUGUUGCUCCUUUGGUCCUUCCUUCGCCAUUGCCGGAGCUGUCCUCGGCUCUUUGGUGCUGAAGUUAUCAUCUCUGGUGUCUGCAGGUUGAAGCGCUGAAGCUAACUUUUAUUGUACUGUUCAGAACCGAACAGGUCAUGGCUUUUAUGGUGAAAUCUGUUAUAGGUGGGCAACUCAAGAAUCUGACGGGUAUUGGGGGAGGAGAACAGAAGAGUGAAGGCGAGAAGACAGAAGCUGCCGCCCAAGGCAUGACGAGGGAGGAAUAUGAAGAGUAUCAAAAGCAACUACUUGAAGAAAAGAUGGAGAGGGAUGCCAAUUUCACCCAGAAGAAAGCAGAGAGAGCAACCAUGAGGACUCAUUUCAGAGAAAAAUACAGAUUGCCAAAGAGUGACUUAGAUGAAGCUCAAAUUCAGCUUGCUGGAGGUGAUGUAGACCUUCCAAAGGACCUGGCCAAGAUGAUUGAAGAGGACAAUGAAGAUGAAGAGGACAAGAACUCUGUGAUUGGACAUCUGACCAACAUCCAGAAUCUUGACCUGGACUCACUGAAGGACAAAGCCCAAUCAACCCUUGAAGAUCUAAAACAAGGUGCUGAGAAAUGCUCUUUAAUGUGAUGGAGAGACUGACCCUAGUUUAAAAUCAUCAUGAUCCACAGGGUAAACGGCUUCUCCAUACAUUAUUGUUAAGCAUGUUUUUAUGUAAUGUUUCCUGUUUUUGUACCUGUACAGUAAAGGUUUAUGUUACACUAAUAUAGAUAAAAGAAAUCAAUUUCAGCAAAGUUGUAUUCAGUAGUACUGUUGCUAUGACAACAUGAGUCAACUAGUUUCACUCAUUUUACUACAGCAAAGAAAUGCUAUAAAUAUGAUGCAGGUUAAUAAGGUAAAUCUCUAAUAAAAAAUGUUUUGUUGUGGAGACUAAACUGGAACAAUCAAGGAAUAGAAACUUUAUAUAGUAUAACUUUGACAAAUGUAUGCACAGAUAAUGUAACUUUGACAAGUGUAUGCAAAGAUAAUGUCGGUUUAACAAUCAUGUGUAUUGUUCCUUUUUUCCAACUCUUUCUACCAAAACUAUAUGUCCACAAAAGUCCACAAAAAUGCAUGGUUGUGGUUGCAUCAUUAGAUUCAGUGGCUCAUUCUUGUAUUUGUGAUGUAUGAAUACAUAAACAGUCUAAGCGUAUUAAAGCCACAAGGAAUCUGGAAAUGUGAUGUUAAACUUAUAGAUCACUCUGUGAAACAAAAUUAUUAGUAUGUCUGUUUCUGCAGAAAGUUAUCUAAACAUUGGAGACCAGUAAUUGUGUUUUAUUAAUCAUGAUCAGUUAGUAUAGAAUAUAUUAUGCUACUAAAACAUUGGCAUUAAGUACAAAAUAAAUUGUAGCUACUUACUAUCAGAAUUAUGUCACUAUUGCAUAAAUCUGUUAUAAUAUAUAUAAUUAAACACCCUUUGCCAAGCUGUAUACCAACUCAUUAUAAAUCAAUGCCACUGUCUGCAAAUCCUCUAAAUAAAGUGAAGAACAUUCUGUGAACAGGGUGGUUAACACAUUGCACAUCUAUUUUUGUUUCUAUAAAAUGUUUUGAUUUACUUAUUUUAUGGGUGGGAUAAUCUGAUUGGCUUUUCCUUCAUCUGAAAUUACUGUCGGACUUAUGAGUGCUCUUUUUUUUUCAAAAUCAAACUUGUGCAAAAUAAAUACUUGUAAAGAAAGUUAUUGUCUCGGGUUGCAUUCAGCUAUAUUCUGUAUUAUUUUUGUAAUCUGUUUGAUGAAGGAUUUCCUCCCUGCAGUUAAAAUGUAAUACAAGUAUAUUCUUAAUAGCCUAUAUAUGGUUCAUAUAAAACUGAGCUCCUCAUACUUCA